CCCUCCCCUGACCCUCUGGUUGUCUGUGAGGAUAAAGGGGCAGAGAGAGCGGGCUGGGCAAGAGCAGCCUGGACCUGCCAAGAUGCUCCCUCUGCUGGCGCUGGCCCUCCUGCUGAGCCUGGUCCCCGUGGCCCCUGCCCCAGGCCAGGCCCUGCAGCGCGCGGGCAUCGUCGGGGGCCAGGAUGCCCCUGGGAGCAGGUGGCCCUGGCAGGUGAGCCUGAGAGUCAGCCGCGGGUACUGGAGGCACCUCUGCGGGGGCUCCCUGAUCCACCCCCAGUGGGUGCUGACCGCGGCCCACUGCGUCGGACCGGAAGUCCGAGACCCCUCAUACCUCAGGGUGCAGCUGCGGGAGCAGCACCUGUAUUACCAGGACCAGCUGCUCUCCAUCAGCAGGGUCAUCCCCCACCCCAACUACUACACAACCGAGAACGGGGCGGACAUCGCCCUGCUGGAGCUGGACGAGCCCGUGAGCAUCUCCUGCCACGUCCAGCCGGUCACGCUGCCCCCUGCGUCGGAGACCUUCCCCCCGGGGACGCAGUGCUGGGUGACGGGCUGGGGCGAUGUGGACAAUGGAAGGCACCUGCCGCCCCCGUUCCCCCUGAAGCAGGUGAAGGUGCCCGUCGUGGAGAACAGUGUCUGUGACAGGAAGUACCACUCUGGCCUGUACACGGGGGACAGCGUCCCCAUCGUGCGGGAGGACAUGCUAUGUGCCGGGGACAGCAGGAGGGAUUCCUGCCAGGGCGACUCCGGAGGGCCCCUGGUCUGCAAGGUGAAUGGCACCUGGCUGCAGGCAGGCGUGGUCAGCUGGGGCGACGGCUGCGCGAAGCCCAAGCGGCCGGGCAUCUACACCCGCGUCACCUCCUACCUGGACUGGAUCCACCAGUUCGUCCCCCAGGGGCCCUGAGCCUGGUCCCCAGGCCACCAUCCGGGUCAGCGGAGGAGCCUGCCCCCUCUGUCCCCACACCGCUGCUUCCAGCCGCGGAGGCGACCUUCCUGCACCUUCCCCGGCCCCCUCCCUGCUGCCCACCCCCAGUGAGCCCCCUCCCAGCUGACCCCUCUCUGCUGACCCCUCCCUGCCCUGCACACCCUGCCCCAGCCCCCUCCCCGCCCAGCUCAGGGCUGCUGACACUCAUUAAAGAGCAUG